AUGGUUGGUGGUAUCGAUUGCGCAAUCGGAGGUUACACAAUGGUCGGAGGUCGGAGCUCUUGGCGUCCCAACCUCCGACUUUGAGCUACAAGAGCUCUUCCCUUGACCUCACCUUCCAUCCUUCCUAUACAACAAACACACCCCACAUCAACGAGCAACAAACUGCCAACAACCAGCAACUUUGGCAAGAAAGCUCACGAUGUCUAAGCGCAGCCUUCCAGAGGCUUUCAUCCACGACGAUUACAGCAACAUGGCUGACGCUUCCUUUUCCUCUGCUUCGGCUCAUUUCCCCAACUCGCGCGCGCUCUCCCAGAUCGCACUCCCUGCGAUGCCUGGUCAAUGGGACACCAUCUACGUGCCAGAAAACUCACUCGAUGAGCUCUCCUCCAAUACCCUCUUCACUACAACUUCCAAGCUUGCACCGAUCGUCACCAACAUAGCUUCUCUCAUCACUGCCGCAGUGCGCAUUGUGAACAAAUACACCCGACGCCAGGUCAUCCAGGCCGUACCUGUAGUGCGCGAAGAUGGAUCCAGGAAGAAAGUCCUACUGGACGUAGGCACACUCGAUGAACCUCGCCGCUCCCCUCAGAGUAUAAUAAACAACACGAAGAGCCAGAAUGGCUGGACACCUACGCAGCGAUUCAGGCAGCAACCUGGCCUUUCCAGUCCCAUUACAACAAAUGACAUCACAAACAAUUACGCCACCGUAAACAACGCUAAUACUCUCAACACUUUCGACACUAUCAACACUCCUAACCGUGGUUGGAACCGAGGGAAUAAUUUCCCAAAUCCGUCACCCUCAAUAACUAGAUCUGCGCGCUCUGAUAAUAUCACUCCAGGAAGUAGCAGCCUGCAGUUUAACAACCACUCAGUCAUCGAUAACAUCGAUUUGAGCUUCGAAAAUUGCCUCCACAGCACCCCGCCGCCAUCACCUUCACCCAUUGGUCGCGCUGCACCAGCCCGCUUCACUAUCGAGCCUUCCGGCUCUCAACAAUUCUUGUCCCCAGCCGCAGGUCGAUUCAGUCUUAAUCGGCCACUUCAACACUCGCGCAUUCGCGACCUUGCAAGACCUGUUGCGAACCAUACAGAUCGCAACCGGCCUAAAUUUCUGCACUCGACACGCGAUACUCCCAUCCAGCAACCGAGCAAGAACAUAAGCUCUAACUUCGCAAAGUUCAUUGCUGGCUGCGAGUCGGAGGGAUUAGCCAUAACAGAAAACCUGGAAGCAGAACACUCAGCCAGCAAACAAGACAACCUUCAGUACCAUGUGGCCUUUGCCAGGGAGGACUCGCCAUUCAACGAGAUCGCCCAUAGAGAGAGCUCUCCAUUCGAUAAGGACGUUGGAGUAGAAGACUCGCAUCUCCAUGGGAUUGACGCUAGAGAAAGUUCUCCCUUCGAGGAGAACGUUGAAUUGGGAAAUCCGCUACCACAGAUUCAUGUUUCCGAAGCAACUUCGCCACUGCAUGAUGGUAUCGCUGGUGAAGGUACCACAAUCGCUGAGCAUGUGGCCCCUGAGAUCAAUUCAGUCGACUAUGACAUUGAAGAUGAAUUUGAUCCAUACACUCCAGACGGCUUAGGAAAACUCGGCGAAAUACAGAGCUUCCUCCAUUCCUCCUUCCUUUCUCCGAUUGCCGAAGAAGAAGAUGAUGAGCCGCAAGAAGAUGAUGAGCUGCCUGUUGCACCAGACUACGCAAAUGACUUGUCAUUCUUGCCUGAUGCGCCUGAACUACUACCAAAGAAGACUGUCCGAAUCCGUAGAUCUGGACGUUCCAAACCUUUCUUCAAGGACGAAGCUCCAUGCGACCUUCUUGACUCUUCCCUCGAGUACAUCGUCACCUCUCCUCACAAGCGUCCUGAUCUUUUCGGAGAGGCAGUCGAUGAGUCGGCAUUGUCUCUUGAAGUAAUCGAAGACUUUGAGAAGACAUUAGAACUCUCAGAACAAGAGCGAUCAUCAUCUCCAUUCGAUGAAAAUCCCCCACCGCUAGUGAGGCCCCUCAAUGAAUCACAGGAGUUGCAGCUCGCCGAGGCAGUGAGCAUGACCAAUGGCGGAUUGGACCAUAUCGAUUUAGCCGAUGGCAUUCUCACAACCCAUGAUUUCAAGACCUUGCUACCCACCCUCUUCAACGGCAAUCCCGUGGCCUGGGUGAAUGACAACAUUGUCAACGAAUACCUCAAACUUCUCACCGAUCAUGUGAAGGCGAAGGCUGGUUAUACACACAUCAAGAACGGCCCGGCCCCUCCUGUACACGCAUUCCCAUCGCAAUGGUACGUAACCAUCACUAAGUGCGCUAAGAACGUCGCGCGGUGGGCUGGACGUGUGCAACUCGGUGGCAAGCAGUUGCUCGAUGCAAAGUUACUCCUUAUUCCUAUCUGCGACAACGGCCAUUGGAGAUUGUUAUCAAUCAAGCCUCAAGACAGGACUAUCCAAUACAUCGACUCUCUGUUUAUGAGGCAAGACGAUUUUACCAAGAUGGCCAGAGAUUGGGUCAAGAACGAACUCGGUCCCCUUUACGUCGAGUCGGAAUGGCAGGUUCUCGACGAUCAUACCAGCGAACGCCAGAUGAAUGGCAGCGACUGUGGAGUGUUCGUUUGUUUGAAUGCACUCGCUCUGCUCCGCGAAGAGGGACUGUUCCGUGUCAUUCCUGACGAUGGCAUGGAUGCCGCUCGAAAGAGAAUCGCGGUCAGCUUGCUCAACAAAUCACUCACUGGCGAAAUGGAUUAGUCUCGCCACACAAAAUUCACUUUCGGAUGCCACCCAUCUUCCUAAUGGAUACUACGUUCCAAAGCAGCGUCCUAUGUCUUCAAAUGUUCGACAGGCAAGGAAAACGACGUAGACGUCUCUUUCACAACUUUUUCUUCCUUGUUUGUUUUCUUGUUUCGGUUUCUGUCUGUGUUUCUUUUUUCUUUCUCGUCUUCUAUAGGGGUCAGCCUCUGUAUCAUGAAUAACGGUGGUUUUUUGCCCUUCGGUUUCAAUU